AUGUAGGGCUGGGAUUUGGAGUUGUCACCCUCCCAGGCCCUGGUGUCACUAUUUUGGGGGCACCCGGCUGCAGGUUCCCAUCCCAACCCCUCCCCAGGCACUGUAUUUUAAGUGUCUCCCCUUGGUAAAUCUUUGACAUAUACUGUGCUGCAGUGGUACAGGCCCUCACAGGAGGGUCCCACUAUGGUUUCUCACAGCCUGCAGGUGCAAUGGCCACAGUGGCUUUCCUGGACGCAGCACUAAUUCAGCUCUGCUUCCCUCCGAGCACGGCCGCUCUCCUGUGGGCCAACACUGUCACCAUGCACGUCACCAGGCCCAAAUCUGCCAAGGGACGCAGAAGGCCAAGCUUCAGCCACCCUCAGGACGUGGAAGCCUGUCCAUGCCAAGUGCCUUCUUCCCCACCGGCAGCCACUCCUCGGGGAUUAGUGAGCAGCCAGAGAGCACCACUCACAAAACUGGCGUUCCCACCCACUCAGGUGUCUCCUGAGGAAAUCCCGGAGCUCCUGCAGCAAGUGCCUCUGAAGACCUCCUCUUCCCUGAAUAAGUACCGGGUGCUCCCCUCCAUUGGCUGGAAGGGCGUAGGGAGCAAUGCCAUGGAAGCGCUGGCUCAACAGACCCACCGGCUGGAAGUGAGUGAAGGGCAGAAGGACACUCUAAAAUUCAGCAAAACUCUGUCUGGAGAACAGGGAUCUGGCAGUACAUUGUCAGGAAGUGAUGUUCCCGCUGAGGAGAGCUCCCACAUGCACUGUCCCCCUGAGAAGCGGGGAAGGAAAAUGAGGCAAGAAAGCCCUUCCAUGUCCCCUCUAAGCUUAGAAGAGCCCCAUGUGCUGCUCGCGGUCCGGUCUCCCUCUGGCCAGAGGUUUGAGCACCACUUCAAACCCUCUGACAGUCUCCUGACAGUCCUUGCCAUGGCAGGACAGAAAUUGUUGGCCAACUACCAACACUGCAGCAUUGAAACGAUGGAAGUGCCCCGGAGGAGCUUCUCUGACCUUACAAAGUCCCUCCACGAAUGUGGGAUCCUCCACAAGUCUGUGCUGUGCAUUCGACAGGACAAGCAGCACGAUGCAGCAGAUCUUUAGGCACACGGAGAUGGGUCGUCCUGCUGAGUGGGAUGCGUUGCUUCUUCCAAAAAAACUGAGUCUGAUGUUUCCUGGGCCUACUCUUGCCAUCUUUCACAAAUUCCCAUGAAGCAGUUAUGGAUGUUGAGAAAUAGUAUUUCAGGUGUAUAAACCUGCAUCAUAAAGAGCAGCUUGUUUCACCUGUGCCAUCACAAAUUGCUUCCUGAGUGCCACCAACCUUCAGCCUUUCUGGUUUGUUGAAGUUGCUGAUGUUCUUUUUUGAAAACUCAAGUUUCCAAGACCUCUCCUCUUGUCCUUUUCUCUGUUUUGGGAAGGUACUACUUCCCAGAGUGGAUCUGGAUGCACCUAUUUGGGAACGUAGAAACAGAACUGUUUUACCUGCAGGACUCAGUAGCUGAUCAUCAUCCUAAACAUCAAGAGACUGAAAAGGAGCUUAAACCCCUAAACCAUCUGGAAGUAAGAGUAUUAACAACAUUAAUGGGUUAUUAGGAAGUAUUAAAUUGCAAGACUGAUUGUAAAAUACCUGUGAGGGCUCAGCUCUUUCUGGGUAACCUCAGUCCAGCUCUUUACUGUGACUAAAUCACUUUUUUAAGAACAAAUAGUUAUUACUUUGUCUUGGUGAGCAGCAGGAUUUUCUCCUUAGUUUCCCUUCUCUCAUUCAGCUUGUGUGAUCUGUAGGUAAGAAUAGAUGAAUAAUUAAGAAGGGAUGUUACAAAUAACUCCAUUUAACACCUUAACACUGAAGUGAGUUAGUCCAAGAAGCAAAAUGUUGUUUUGGGAAUUUUAAAAUAAAAAUGUAUUAAUGGGA